ACAUGGCUGCCUCCAUUACACGGUGCAGCUCUGUACCCAGCAUUUCAAAAUUCGUCAACCGACUAGUUUUCUUAAGUGGAAAUGGCGCACAGAAAAGGUGUUUUUCAGCUGAACAAAACGCUACAGCCUUCACAGAAGACAGUUCAACAGAGAACUCCUCGAUCGAAGACUUAGCGUUGAAGGACGAACUGACCCGCCUUAGAGACGUAUCUCGACUAAGCCCGAGAUUGAAACAACAACUUAGGAAAGAACGCCCCGAUAUCGACAAGGCAUAUAAACUUACCAAAAAUUAUAGCAGAAGAUUAUAUGGUCAAAUGGGAAGUGCCUCUGGCAUAAAUCCUCAAAUUUUGUGGCCUACGGUAGAGGAACUAAGGAGCAAAAUAGAAUUUGAGAAGCAAUUCGAACCAAGUUUCAAGGCAAAAAUGAAGAAAGUGAAGAAAUGGGAAAAUAAGCGGGUGACAAAACUAGAGAAAAGAAAGGCGAAAGUGGAUAAGGCCAUGGCUGAAAUGCCAAAACUCAUACAGCAAUAUUAUUCAAAGAUAGAGACUGCAGAGAAUCAGGUCAAAGCAGAACAAGAAAAACUUGCUCAGUUGAAUCGGGAGGCUACAGAGAUAUAUGGUCCCAUGAAGAGGUCAGAUAGUCGCCUCAAAGAAUAUGUUUCUAAAAGACUUAGGGAGGAAAGAAUUGCAGAGAGACAAGCAAAGGCAGAUAAAAGGAAAUCAAAGAAACAAAAAGCAGAAACUGAAGAAAAAACUGGUGAUAAAAUUACUGCAGAAGUAAAACUGAAACAGUGAAAGUAACAGAGAAAAUUGUUGCGUUUGAGAUGACACAAAAGUGAUUGUCUUGUGAUUUCUGUAUGUAUGAGUGUGUGGAAUCUGUAAGCUAGAAGUUCUCCAGAUACAUUAAUAAAAAUUUACUGUGUAAAAGAA